AUGGAUGAGUGCAAGGCCACAGCAAGUCCGGUCGAUUUGAGCACUCGGCUUGUCGCAAGCACCGAAGCGGCCAAGAUCGACGUUCCGUUUCGUGAAGCUGUGGGAGCUUUGAUGCACUUGACGACUGCGACGCGCCCGGACAUUGCGUAUGCUGUGGGGUACGUCUCGCGCUUCAUGGAGAAUCCGCAGCAAGAACAUGAACAUUGGACGGCGGUGAAGCGCAUCUUUCGUUACUUGCAAGGGACCAAGUCGCACGGACUCCGCUUCCAGCCAAGCGACAAGAUCGACUUUCGUGGCUACUCGGACGCGGACUGGGCCGGCGACCACGCUGAUCGCAAGUCGACUUCGGGUUACAUUUUCAUGCUGAUGGGUGCUCCUGUGAGUUGGGGAAGCAAGAAGCAGUCAAGUGUGUCGCUGUCGACGAGUGAAGCGGAAUACAUCGCACUGAGUCUGGCCAUCCAGGAAGGCAAGUGGGUGCAUCGCCUGCUAUGCGAGAUUUUGGCGGCCGCAAACGAACCAGGACCGGACCUCGUCAUCCGUGAAGACAACCAGUCGUGCAUCAAGAUGACGAAGAAUCCGGUGAAUCAUGGCCGCGCCAAGCACAUCGACAUCAAGUACCAUCACAUCCGUGAUGAGGUCAAGCGCGGUGAAGUACAGCUCGAGUAUUGCGAGACUUCCGUGAUGAUGGCGGACAUCAUGACCAAGGGACUUUCGGGAUCUCGCCACAAGGACUUGACGACGGCUCUCGGCAUUCGUGCGAGUUCGGAUUGA